CAAAAGAUCGAGUUGUGAUUGGUCAAAUGGGCGGAAGCAUGAUGGACAUUAGCGUAACGCAAGCUGUGUACGAAACCAAGCAAGGGACUAAAGCAUGCGACGAGCGGUGGAGUGUGCUCAACUACUACGGCCGAUCAUUACGCUAUGGGAAAACUUCGUUUUACCAGAUCUAAUUAGCUAACAUAUUACUUUUCACUACUAUAAGAGCUCUGAGGAGCUGCCGUCAUGUCGAUGGGCAAGUGAGCGAGCAAAUGGUUCAAAUUUUGGGAAUCCAUGUUAGAAGAUGGCUGAGCCGAAGCUUCCUUGGGAAGUGUAUGUUCCUCUAAAACUCCAGUCUGGUACGCUACUGAGCCGCUGGGAUGAGGAGUCGAUCAGCUCUUGCUAUUUUUAUAGCGUGGACAAGUGUGGAUUCUUCCUUGCAUGGCGCUCACAGGACGACAAAGAAGGGUCUAGCAUAGAAAUAAGCAACAUUAGUGAAGUCCGUUUGGGCGUUCUUCCGAAGGAUCAGAAAGUCAGAGAAUCUCUCCAGCGUACUGGCGCAGACCCCCUGGAAGAGAGAGGGUUUACAGUGGUUUACAACACUAAUCUGGUAGACUGCAACUAUAUUCAUUUAUUUGCAAGCACAAGUAGAGUUGCAAAGGAAUGGGUUGAAGGUCUCAGACCUCUGCUGCACAAUGUGCGAUUGGAUAAUUGUAGUGUCCUGACCCAACUGCACAAACAGUAUGUGAAGGCUGGCUUGCACAAGGAUGCCUUGGGAAAGAUCUCAGUAAAAAGCAUCUGCAAAGCUCUCUAUGCUGGGAAGUUUGAAAGUUUAGUCCUGGAUGCUCUUCAGGCACUUGGGCUCCCUUGUUCCAAGAAUGACAAAAUCACUCCUGAAGACUUCACAUUUGAGCAUUUCUACCAACUUUACCUUAAAGUCUGUCCCCGUCUGGAAAUCAUGGAGUUAUGUGUAGAGUGGGGUGGAGGACGAGCGCCCAUUCUUACUGCCACCCAACUGGUUAACUUUAUGAACAAAGAACAGAGAGAUCCUCGCCUAAAUGAAAUCUUGUUUCCUUUCUGUGAUAACGAGAAGGCUCUUUCCUUAAUCUGGAAAUAUGAGAAACAAAUGGACAUGUUACAAAGAGAUCGCAUUUGUGUCAAUGGCCUUACAAGAUAUCUUCUGAGUGAAGACAACUUGCUCAUCAUGCCUGGUCGUUUAAACUUGAGUGAUGACAUGAACCAGCCUCUAUCUCAUUACUUCAUCAACUCUUCUCACAACACCUAUCUAGUUGGUCGACAGUUUGGUGGAAGAUCGUCUGUAGAGAUGUACAGGCAAUGCUUGAUAGCUGGCUGUAGGUGUAUCGAGUUGGAUUGCUGGGAUGGUCAAAAUGACGAGCCCAUAAUAACUCAUGGAAAUGCCAUGUGCACCAAAAUCCUGUUCAAGGAUGUAAUAGAAGCGAUACGCGAUUCUGCCUUCCAAACUUCAGACUUCCCAGUUAUUCUCUCCUUCGAAAACCAUUGCAGUAAACACCAGCAGUACAAAAUGGCAUGUUACUGUAUGGACAUCCUAGGGGAUAUGCUCGUCACCAAACCACUGGAAUCAUGUCCUCUUGAAGAAGGGCGACCGCUCCCUUCGCCAAACCAAUUGAGAGGGAAAAUUCUUAUCAAGAACAAAAAACUUAAGCCAGAGCAGGAAGCUGAAGGGGAAUCGUCGUUUUAUGAAUUCAGUGAAUUUGAGCUAAACUCUACUGCCUCAAAUUCGGAAUCUGAAAAUGUUAAAGAGACAGCUAUCAUCGACGACGACAUUGAAGAGAAGAAAGACGAGAAUUUGAGUAUUUCUAAUUUUAGUCUGGACAAUGAGUAUAUUUCUCCCAAAGACUUCAAUGAUAUCCUACAGUUUAGUAACAGAAUGAGUUCAGGGAUACUUCAGGAGGCAGUUACAGCUGCCGCGAAUCAGCUCCCGUCUGGCGACACCGUAACAUUAGACAACAUUAAAAGGUACGGGUCUGUGUCGGAGUAUUCAUCUUUUCUAUUAUCACGAGUAUUGGAGGAUGAAGGACUAAGUGGCAUCAAUACGAACUUGAAGGAGGAUCUCAGAUGUGACUGUAAAAGUGAUAGCCAACAGAGUCUUCGUAGUAUAAGCAGUAGUACCAGUAGUAGCGACUUUGAAUGCGGGUGCGAUACCACCGUAAUCGCCUCUGAUUUCCAUAGCAAGACUACUAGUUCAAACAGGUUAUCAUUAAUUUCGAAUUCCUCGAGCACGAGUACAGAGUCUGACCUCUCUAGCGGAGCCUCUGAACUGCAGUCCAUACACACGCCCACGGUAACCGUCACUUCGCACGGUGAGAAACAUUCGAAUUUCAAUUUUGAUGAAAUUGAUGAUGACGUCACACCAACACCUUCACCAACUCCUACGCCCACACCGACACCUGCGGUCACACCCAACAAAGAAUACAAACAAAACAGAGGCUUGGCUUCUAUUAGCGAAGCUCUUGAGCCAGUCGAGAAUGCCGAUAUCAGGAAUAACAAUUUCCAGCCCAAUGGUUUGAAUGGAAGGAUGCAGAGGAAGCAGUCAGGUGGUACCAACAUAAAUGAGGUACCAAGUUACGAGGACAACGGACAAAAUGGUUGCGAGAGAAAAGUUUCGCUUCCAAAUGAUCACUUCCCGGCAAGAAAGGAAAGUAUUGCGAGUACUCAGAGUACGGAGUCGAAUGGGGACGACGACGAAGAACGUGAUUCGGUUCUUCCGUUUAAAGGAAAGCGAGAUGACAAGGGCUUUGGGAGUACUCAUAGGCUCAAUAUGAACGCUUACAAAAAGGGUUCACGAGCAGCUAGCCUAACACCGGAUGAUGUGGCUGAUAUCAUGGCAUCCUUCCCCACUCAAUCUACCACUGGUAACAUCAACCCUCUACUCUCGUCUCUAGUCAAUUACAUACAGCCAGUUCCAUUCCAAGGCUUCGACGAAUCUGAAAAGAGGAACCUCUUUUAUCAGAUGUCGUCUUUUAAUGAGUCUACUGGGUUUGGUCUUGUUAGAGCUACUCCACUGGAUUUUGUUAAGUAUAACAAACGGCAAAUGUCACGGAUUUAUCCCAGGGGAAGUCGUGUGGAUUCUAGUAACUACAUGCCUCAGGUAUUUUGGAAUGUUGGCUGCCAGAUGGUGUCACUGAACUUCCAAACGCCAGACCUACCUUUUCACCUUAAUCAAGGAAAAUUUGAAUUCAACGGAAGAAGUGGGUACAUCUUGAAGCCUGACCUAAUGAGAAGAGAUGAUCGCAUGUUUGACCCAUUCACAGAGUCUCCUAUCGAUGGAUAUGUCGGUGCAUAUGUUGCAAUUAAGGUGAUAUCCGGACAGUACUUGUCGGACAAGAAAAUAACCACGGUAGUGGAGGUGGACAUGUAUGGCUUGCCGACAGACACUAUCAGGAAGAAGUACAAGACGAAGUCAUCCACUAGCAACGGACUAAACACCUUGUAUGACGGCGAACACAUGGUUUUUCGAAGGGUAGUUCUACCAGAGAUGGCGUUGCUCCGGUUCGCAGUCAUCGAUGACAAUGAUCGUAUCAUUGCGCAGAGAGUCGUCCCUCUGGACUCCAUACAAGCUGGCUACCGACACGUCCCGUUACGAACAGAAAACGAUACACCAAUCCCACUGGCGACUCUAUUUGUGCACAUCACUUUGAGAUGCUACGUCCCCGAGGGCUAUGGAGCGAUUGUUGACGAACUUGCAGAACCCAUCAAGUUUCAGUGCGCUGCAGAUAAGCGAGCAGCACAGAUGGUCGUGUUUGGCAUAGAUGAGAACGACGGGGAUCUGCCUCCUGCGCUGAUCAAGAAAAGUUAUUCGGCCAGUUCGAUCGCGUCCAAUCCCUCUACACAGUCUCUCUCCUCCCUCAACAGCAAUUCGUCUGGGGCUGGUUCCCAGUACUAUACUCGGUCGAGAGAGUCCGUGGUGACACUUAGCUACAUGGGGCCUAGGACUGGAUCCGAGCUGGCCUUGCAGAUGGUUGAAAGCAACGUGCCCAAAAAGAACGAUUCCAAGUUUAUCCCUAUAAGUUUGGAGGAGCUAAAGAAAGACAAGACCUACAGAAAAGUUAUCAAGCGGCAACAAAAGGAGUCGGAAGUGAUCCAAAAAAAGUACAGCAAGGAGAGGGUUAUGAUGCAACGCGCGCACACAAGCGAGCUAGAAAAGCUAAUAACGAGCUACGAUGAGAUCAAACAAGCUGCACAAAAGACGUAUGAACGGGCGACAAAACGCUGCGGGGACGAUAGAGCGAAGGCCUUGAAAGCAGUUUAUGACAAGAAGAUUGCCUAUCUUAGCCAGUCACAGCGGGAGAAGGCACAAAAGGUCUUAGCUACACAGACAGACGAGUGGACAAGCAUGAUUUCACGACAGAUCGCCGAGGAGAUUGCCAUUUACGAACAACACGCUGAGACACAAAUAUGUGUUCUACAAGCUGCCUUGGACCAAGCACAUGAAAUUCAGCUGAAGGAAACUGUUAUCAAACAUGAAAGAGAGAACAGUGAGAUAAAGAAAAGACAAACAAAACAGUCGAUAGAAGCCGGUAAAUCCAUUUUCAUGGAUAAGACGAUCAAGAACAAGGAAGAACGGGAAAGAAAGCUCAAGCAACUUGAUCGUCACAACCUCAAGCAGUUCGUCGAGGAGAGACAAAAGUUGAAUGACAGACAAGAAAAAGAGCUCGAUGAGUUAAGGAUAGGCCACCAAGAGGAGAAACAGGAACUGGACGUGGAGAUGAGAAAGGCAAUUGCUGAACAUAUCUUGGUCAUCGAGGCAAAUGGCGAGAGACUGCGCAAAGCCAUUCAGUCACCCUAUCAGACACUACUUCCAACACAUUGACAUCACAGCCUCGUUCUGAACACAUUGACAUCACAGCCUCGUUCUGAACACAUUGGCAUCACAGCCUCGUUCUGAACACAUUGACAUCACAGCCUCGUUCUGAACACAUUGACAUCACAGCCUCGUUAUGAACACAUUGACAUCACAGCCUCGUUCUGAACACAUUGACAUCACAGCCUUGUUCUGAACACAUUGACAUCACAGCCAUCACAGCCUCGUUAUGAACACAUUGCCAUCACAGCCUCGUUAUGAACACAUUGACAUCACAGCCUCGUUCUGAACACAUUGACAUCACAGCCUCGUUAUGAACACAUUGACAUCACAGCCUCGUUAUGAACACAUUGAUAUCACAGCCUCGUUAUGAACACAUUGACAUCACAGCCUCGUUAUAUGAACACACUGACAUCACAGCCUCGUUAUGAACACAUUGACAUCACAGCCUCGUUAUGAACACAUUGACAUCACAGCCUCGUUACGAACACAUUGACAUCACAGCCUCGUUUUCAGCACAUUGACAUCACAGCCUCGUUUUCGUUGAAUUCUGAAGUAGAUUAUAGAUUCAUGUCUCUAUUGUUGGGUCUCUAAUAAUUUUUAUAAUGAAGAGAUGGGGUAGGGAUAUAGCACAAUUUAUAUCCCAGAGACAAAUUUACAUGCGCGCUCGUUGGUCAACCAAGGUCAUGUUUAUAUUUUCUCACGACAAAUAUCAGGCGAUACCGUCCAACCAAAUUGAUAUCUGUCCUGUGAAGGUUUUUUUAGUUGUUUAUUCUUAGGUGGGUCCUGUGGUUUUUUCUCUUUUUUUUUUGCAGUCAGAAAUCGUUUUUCGGAUAAUGGAAAACAAUAAACCGCGGUUUUUGACAAAAAAUAGCGAUGAAAUAUGAAAAUUAGUAUCCGAUCGACACCAGAAAACAAAAAAAGUCAAUCAAAUACGCGGUGAACGUACUUGAACGUAUUAACUGGUAAGUAAAGUUAUUUGUUUGUGAUGGGUUUUCGCUUGUUAUUGUGAAUUUUCAAACUCUACCGUUAACGGCUGCAGAUUCUACUUAAGCUCUCAGCAGAACAACAAAGAAACAGGUUAGGUUGGAGUCCAUCACUGCAAAUGCAAGUUUUGAGUUUGUUGUUUUUAGUCUAACGAUUUGGAUGAAUGGAAUCUCAUUCUUUUGAAUUCUUGUUCGCUCGAAGGUGAGGCCUGCAUUUGCAGUUGGCGAUUCAGCCAAUUCAUUUUUUUAUCAUAGCCAAUCACAGUUUUUUUUCGCGCGCAGCACUUUAACGGUCAUUAGGAAAGUCAUUAGGAAAGACAAAUGUUUUCGUAAUUUCAGUGAAGUCACUGGGAUAUAAAAUAAAUAAACUCCCUUCUGGGGUAUCAGCGGAUUAUGUCCAAGGAUGAGAAAUGGUAUGAAAAUAAGCAGUUGGCCGAGAAGCGUAUAAGCCGCCCGAAGGGGUUUAUUUACUAAAAAGUAGUUAUAUAUUUUUUUACAUUCCAUGUUUCUAGAUGAGUUACUAAACAACUAUUCUUAAGUGGGUAAAAGGUGGUCAAAGGGGAUGUGGUUUUCAGAAAUAAAGUGUAUUACUGCUAAAUAAGAUAAAGUGUAAUCUACGACUUUAUAAAAAAAACAUGUAAAUGUAAUAGGAAUAACGAGACAUAUUUCAAAUAAGGUUGCAUUUAUCGUAACCCGCGGUGAUUUAUGGGUAGCGUGUAAAAAGCUUAAUCUUGUAUCUAAAACCUAUGUUGAAUGUUCAUAGUGAUGUAAACAAGAAUUCUACGGCUUCUCAAAGUUGGAUUUGUAUUUCAUUCACGCUUAUUCAGAGCCGUAGCAGGCCUCGAAAGAUUGGGGGGGAGUGGGCACAAUACAGAAACAUUAAAA